AAUCCAUAAAAAAAAUGAAGACUUCAAAGUCGUCGCCCUGCAAAUUGUAUUAUCGCUUCUCUUUUCUCCUCCAAGCUAGCUAUUGUUGUUAGCCAGAUCCAAACCAAACAGCUUCUGCAUCCUUCAUCCGGAGCUAUGGAAGCAGCUUUGGUAGGUGCCGCGUCUCGCUUCAUGGUCGAUAAGGUGGCAGAUCUCCUCCAACUCGACGAGAAAUUCAAGACAAUAACUGGUACCAAAAGGAAGAUGGAGAAGCUCAAGGAGCUGUCCCCGAUCAUUGACAUGGUGAUCCAACACAUCGAGUCCCGCCCUUUGAUGGAAGAUGCUGCGAAGGAGUUGCUGAAGAAACUCAAAUACUUGGCCUACGAUAUCGAGGAUGUUGUGGAUUACUAUGACACCAAAGUCUUCCAGAAGAAGCAGAGAUCAAAAAAUUUUUUAAGGCCGGUGCGUGAUUUCAUCUCUUCUGAAAAUCAAGUUAUGUUUAAGAGUAGGAUAGGUGGCAUGAUAAAAGCUAUAACAGAAAGUCUGGAUUCUAUUUUGCUGCAAAAGUCCAUUCUUUCCAAUUUGAUACAAGAGCAAGGCAGUAUCCCCGCGUCGGAACCAAGUCUCUACAACAGAGUGGCCCACUCCCGCAAUAGCUUUGUUGUUAUAGGGAGAGAGACGGAGAAGCAGAUGAUUGUCAACAUGUUAAUAAAGGAUGAUGAUGAUGAUGAAAGCAGCCAUGGCACACUGAAGAUCAUCUCCAUCGUUGGGAUGGGGGGCCUCGGGAAGACUACACUUGCUCAACAUGUUUUCAAUGAUGAGAAGGUGAAAGAGCAUUUUGCAAGUUUGAAAUUGUGGACAGUUAUUGGGGCUGAAUUUGAUCCUGUAGAGAUAAUGAAGUCUGUUUUACAACUGGCUACUCUCAAACCAGUCAACAUCUCAGAAAUAGAUUUAGUAAUGCAGGAGCUAGAAACAGCAUUAUCUGGGAAGAGAUUUUUACUCGUGCUGGAUGAUGUAUGGAAUGAAUAUGAAUCAAAGUGGAAUGUACUGAAAGCAGCCUUAACAUGUGGGGCGAGAGGAAGCAAAAUUUUGGUGACAACCCGUAGCCAACGGGUCUCUUCAAUUAUGAGCUCAUCCAAUACCACUCACCAAAUACAACAAUUGUCCGGAGAUGACUGUCUCUCCUUGUUUCAACAAUCUGCAUUUGGACAUCAAGCAGCGGAUCAAAACUUGAUGGAAAUUGGUGAAAAGAUUGUUGAGAAAUGUGGCGGUGUUCCCUUGGCUGCCAUCUCUCUUGGUAGCAUGCUCCGUAGCAAUCGAGAGGAAAAUUACUGGUCCUCGGUAUUGAACAGUGAGAUAUGGCAGCUGAGAAAUGAGGAACAGAAAGUGUUAGCUGUAUUAAAGUUGAGCUAUGUUACUCUCCCUCUACGGUCAAAGAAGUGUUUUGUAUUUGCUUCCUUAUUCCCAAAAAAUUAUAGGAUGGCAAAGGAUGAACUGAUAAAACUGUGGAUAGCAAAUGGUUUCGUACGUUCAGAAGGAAAUUUUGAUGCUGAAACAAAUGGCAAUCGUGUCUUUAAUGAUCUAGUAAUGGGGUCAUUCUUUCUCUUGGCACCUUCCCGUGAUUUUGAAUAUGAUAGUCAUGUGACCAAGUGCAUGAUGCAUGAUUUAAUGCAUGAUCUGGCACGAUCAACAUCUGCAGAUGUAUAUUGGAAUUCUGAUCAAGAAUCGGUAGAAGAUAUUGGAAACAGAAUAUAUCAUUUGCAAAUUGAUCAAAGAAUGUUUCAAAACAUGACUCAGGUUAUCUCAGGCAAGAAACCAUUGUACUUGCGCACCUUUAUGCUUCUACAUUCAUUUUCAGCUUUUACACGUUUGAGUAUCAAUCUGCUUGAAGUCUUCUCAGAACUGAAAUUUUUGCGGGCAUUAGAUUUAACUUACGGUGGCAUCUGGGAGGUGCCAACAUCAAUAGGAAAUCUGAUACAUUUGAGAUACCUCAACUUAUCUAACAAUAAUAUUGGAGUUCUACCCGACUCCGUAACCCUUCUUCCCAAUUUACAGUAUCUCAAUCUUAGUUUCAAUAGGGAACUUCGAGAGCUACCAAAAGAGUUAGGGAAUAUGCAAAACCUUCGGGAUCUUAAUUUACAAAAGGAUUUUAGAUUGACACACAUGCCCUGUGGAUUAUCUCGACUAACUAAUCUUAGAAGUUUACCUCUCUUUAUUGCUAGUGAGAAAACUGGCACAUGCUCAAUUUUAGAGCUUGAGGAUUUGAAGCUUCAUGGAGAAAUGAAAAUUAAAUUUUCCAAAGAUUUUAAGAAUUAUUCUUGUGGUGGAAGAAAAAUCUUGAAGAAUAAAGAUCUUAAUGAACUAUGGCUAGAGUUUAAUGGUUUAGAAAGAUAUGACAAAGACAUAUUGGAUGAUCUUUAUCCCAACACGAGCUUAAAGAAGUUUAACAUAUUUAAUUAUAGGAGCCCACAAUUUCCAGCAUGGCUGAUGGAGUUACAAUUGCCAAAUUUGGUUGAAGUUCGCCUGGAAAACUGCAGUGGUUGUGAGCAUAUUCCUCCGUUUGGAAAUCUACAGUUUCUAAAGAAGCUUCGCUUACGAUCUAUAGCUGAUAUCACACAUAUAGGUGCUGAGUUCCAUGGUUACGGAGGUUUUCCUUCUCUUCAAGAACUCUUCUUACAUGAGAUGGAUAAUUUAGAAGAAUGGUCGUCAGAGUCUCAUGUCGUCGAUCAGUUGUUUCCUGUACUGCAGAAGUUGUGGAUUUCCAAAUGUCCUAAAUUGGAAAGUAUGCCGAGGCUUCCUAGAGUCCAAGAGCUUACGAUAUCAUACUUCAGCGGGAGCCUACUCUCAUGUCUUAGAAGGCUAACUUCUCUUCAUGUUCUCAAAGUGAACAAUAAGGACGACAUGACAUCUCUUCCAAGUGGCUGCAUCAGAAGCCUCACAUCCUUGAGGGAAUUAGAAAUUAUAGAAUGCAGAGAACUCCAAUCUCUUCCUGGGGAUGAAAUAUUGUACCUAGAAAUGCUUCGUUCAUUGACCAUUGAAAGGUGUAAUAAUUUGGCAUCCUUCCUGUCAGAAGUGGGGCGGCGUCUCAGUUCUCUUCGUUUUCUACGGCUCUCACAAUGUCCAAGUAUAAUAUCGCAGCCAGAAGAACUCGUACAAAUCUUGAAUUCAGUAGAUAGGUUACAAAUACAGAUUUGUGGCAUGAAAGUCAAUUUACGUGGGCAACUACAACACUUACACACGCUCAAAGAAUUGUCUCUAUGUGAUUCACAUGUUACCAGUAAUUACAAGAUUGUGAACGGAAUCCGAAAAUUAAGUAUUUGUUGUUGUCAUAAAUUGGAGUUGUUGAUGACAGCAGAACCAACAAGAAGUACUGCACUAGAACAAUUAUACAUAGAAGGAUUUUCGUAUCUCACGAUGUUGCCUAAGUGGCUGCAGCAUCUCAAGUAUCUUCGUUUCCUAUCAAUCCGGAACUGCCCCGAAUUAAUAUGGCUGCCAAGGGAUUUGGAGAAUCUACAUAUGUUGGAAACUUUGAAGAUUGUCGGUUGCCCAGAAUUGAAAAGUGGAUACGAAUGGCUGAACAUCUCACACAUUCCACGUGUUGAUAUUUCAUAGGCUCUUAAGAUUCAGCCGGACAGGGUUCAAAAGGGGCGGAUCUAGCGGGAGGGGAGUGGCAUCGGCGGUCGUCCACCCUUGUCGGCAGUGGAACUCUUAGCAUUAUGAGAUUCUACCGAUAGAGAUAAAAGAUAUCGCCCCCUUAUUUCAUGUAAAAAUCGUCUCUUCAUAUUUAAAUUUUUAGAUUCGCCACUAUUCACUUUAUACUAAUCUUGAUAUGCUUAUUUAGAAUUCUUUUAUAUAUAUAUAUAUAUAUAUAUGAACAGAGUAGUUAUGUAUUGAUAAAAUGUACAAUAGCGAAGGCCCCAUAUGCUUUGUUUACAGCAACAACUUAUAAGCAACAAAAAUGUAUUUGUGUAAUUCAAAUGUGAUAAUACUGGUUGGAAUA